AUGUGUUGUGAUUGGCAAGAACGAGAACAAGCUCUGAGAUCAUUCAAAAGUGGUAACACUCCAAUUUUAGUUGCAACAGAUGUAGCAGCACGUGGUCUGGAUAUCCCACAUGUCGCACAUGUGGUGAAUUUUGACCUUCCAAAUGACAUUGAUGAUUAUGUCCAUCGUAUUGGACGGACAGGGCGAGCUGGGAAAACAGGGCUGGCUACCGCCUUCUUCAACGAGAACAAUGCCUCUAUGGCAAGGGCAUUGACAGACUUAAUGCAAGAAGCAAAUCAAGAAGUACCUGCUUGGCUGUCCCGCUUUGCAGCUCGAUCUCCCUAUGGUGGAGGGAAGAAUCGUCGUGGGGGAGGUAGGUUUGGUAGUCGUGAUUUUCGAAGGGACUCCUCUUACAACAGAGGUAGUGCAGACUUCUAUGGUGGGGGCAACUUCAAUGGUGGAUAUGGGGCCUCUGCCGGUUACAGUGGAGCAUAUGGUCCUGGGGUAACUAGUGCAUGGGACUAA